GAGGACUAAUGACAGACGGGCAGUUCGCUGCUGGACGGCGAUGCUCGUUCAAUGUUGCUAUUAAUAUUUUUGUCCAAAACAAAAUGGAAAGGAUUCAGUUUUAUGAGUGAAAGUUUCGGCGGCUUUCAUGGGUUUAAGAAGGGUUUUGGAGGUCAACCUGUCAACUCGUUUUCCCACCGACUCCAUGGCAACGCGUCCACCGUUCAGCAGCUCACAGCUCCGGAGCCGAGGCCUUCCUCCAGAGAAUCCAAAUGCAGACCUCGGAGGAAAGUGUGCCAGACGGUGCUGAACCAUUUCGACUCUCAGUACAGCGAAGAGCUCGGACAGCAGUGGCUCUCUGCGAGAGAUGUCCUUCUGAAUCCAUGCUGCUGGCAGUUUGGUGUCCUACUAAACCGCUUUAGCGACCUCACAGGUGUCCUGUCACAGCUUAAAUCACUGGGCUACUACAGCCUCCUUCCUCAAACAGAUUCUCCUAACUGCCAGUACAAGCCUUUCUCUUCUGGCAUCCAUGCCCCGCUACAGUGUCUUGUUCAUAAAGACCCUCUACGCCUGCCCACACAGCGGCAUCGUCCAGGCUGGCUGAAGCAGUACUACCUGCUGAACGCUGCCUCCCUGCUGCCAGUGCUGGCUCUGGGGGUAAAGGAUGGGGAGAAGGUGCUGGACCUGUGCUCGGCUCCAGGAGGCAAAGCUCUUGCCCUGCUGCAGGCAGCAACCCCUGGGCUGUUGCACUGUAAUGAAGUGGAUAAGAGCAGGUAUGAGUGGCUGCUGAAGACACUGGAGUCAUACAUCCCUCCUUCACUCAGAGACACCAUCAUCGUGACGAACAUGGAUGGCAGAGCCAUUGGUGGCAGCCAGUCAGAGUCAUACGACAAGGUGCUGGUUGAUGCCCCAUGCUCUAAUGACCGCAGUUGGCUCUUUAGCCCUGAAGCCCAGCAGGGGGAGCUGUGGUUGAGAGAGCGAGUCCAACUACCUCACUUACAAAAAGAGCUGCUCUGUUCAGCCUUGGCAGCAGUGCGUCCUGGAGGGCAGGUGGUUUACUCCACUUGCACUUUAUCCUGUGCAGAGAACCAGUCUGUAAUUGAAGAGGUUCUUACCUCCUGCCCGGGGGUGGAGCAUCUGGACCUGGAGGAGGAGCUGAUUGGUUCGCUCUCCAAACAUUUUACUUUUGCUCACCUUCAGCCUCCACUGGGUCAUUUGGUGCUUCCGCAACAGGGAAGAACAUGGGGCCCCAUGUUUGUAUGCAGUCUGAGGAGAAUCUCAUAAAGACUUUAAUUCUCAUGGGGUUAGCAGUAUUUAUUUACAGAACAUUUAGGGCUGGGCGUGUAUGUAUCUCAUUUUUUCACCCUACAACAUGAACUGUUUUGCCUGCAUCAAAUAAGCAGAGUAUUGUACAACACAAAUAAAAAUAAAUAAAAUUUAA